AUGGAGCGGAUCUCUGCGGCCACCACGACCUUGCCCCCGAUGCUGUGGCAGACAGGGAGGACGGUGACCCAGACGCUGCAGAACCCCAGCAUGAAGGUCAGGAACUCGGCUUCACUGAAGGUGUCAGGCAGGUUCCCGGCCAGGAGAGCCAGGGAAAAUGUUCCCAGGGCUAAGGAGCCCAGGUGUUUCCUCAAGAAUUAUCAGUAUGUUCUGGCUUUUAUCUUUGCCAUUGAGGAGAUCAACAAGGACCCUCUCCUCCUCCCCAACCUGACCUUGGGCUAUAAUCUCUACAAUGCCUUUGAAAGUGAUCACAGCAGUCUGGAAAAUGCCCUGCUUUGGCUCUCUGGAGGGAAUCAGAUUGUCCCUAACUACAGCUACCAGAGACAGAGGAAAUCUCUGACCAUAGUUACAGGAACUAAGUCAGCAUUUUCAGCCGAGAUUGAACCACUUCUGGAGCUGUACAAAAUCCCACAGGAGGCAUAUGGUCCUUUUGAUUCUUCACUGAGUGAUAAAGACCAGUUUCCAUCUCUUUAUCAGACGGCCAUGGAGGACAGCUAUCUUGUUCAUGGAAUGAUUAGGCUGUUGCUGAAUUUUGACUGGACAUGGGUGGCACUAUUUUUGUCUGAAGAUGGGGAAAAGGAGCAGUUUGUCUUGGACCUGAAAGCAGAGAUGGGCUCAGUCACUGCCUUCUGCUCUGUCCCGGGAUACCUGGGCUCCUUAGCCCUGGGAACAUUUUCCCUGGCUCUCCUGGCCGGGAACCUGCCUGACACCUUCAGUGAAGCCGAGUUCCUGACCUUCAUGCUGGGGUUCUGCAGCGUCUGGGUCACCGUCCUCCCUGUCUGCCACAGCAUCGGGGGCAAGGUCGUGGUGGCCGCAGAGAUCCGCUCCAUGCUGGCCUCCAGUGCGGGGCUCCUAGGUUGCAGCUUUGCCCCAGAGUGCUACAUUAUCCUCCUGCGACCCGAGAAGAACACUUUGAAAGUUUUGAGUAACAAAAGAGAUUCUAAGGGAGAUAGAUAUUGA